GGUCUAAGGCCGUGUCGUCACGGUAGAUAAAAAUACCUGCAUGAAAUGAAAACUGGCAACAACUAGUAUAUUCGAGGAAAUAUGUUAGCUCAUUGGGAAAGAGUUACGUGAGAGUGAGACCCAUAUAGCAAUGCAUUGAAUUUAGUGUCGUUGCCUUUGCACGAUCGCCAACUUGACUUCCGUGGUCACUCAAGUUUAUUUUGUCUUCUCGCGAGUUAAUCGUCAGUGGUGACAUAUACUUUUAUCGUUUUCCCAUCAAACUGACAGUGCUAGGGCGACUGGGCGAGUCACAAAAUUGAUGGAACAGAAUCGUCAUUGAGCCGUGCUUGCAAAACGAUUGAAACAGGGAAGAGGAAAAACCGUAGCCAUCUUUUUUCUUUCGGUUCUUUUUUCAACUCCCCUUUGUGAAUUCCGUGCGUAUGUGUGCGUGAGUAACGCAAAAGUCAAUAGGGGGAAAAUAAGUUAGCGAAGAAGCAGACGGACUUUUUUUCGAUCGAGCAAGGAACAGCGGGCUGCGAUUUCUCAUAGUUGGCAGCGGGAGAGCCAGUUAGUUUCGUUCUUUGCGGAAAAACUUAGAGCCUAGAGGCCACAGCACAUCGCAGAAUAGAUGGCGUUAAAAAGAAUUAACAAGGAACUACAAGACCUGGGGAGAGAUCCACCUGCACAAUGCAGUGCCGGACCAGUAGGAGAUGAUCUAUUUCACUGGCAGGCAACAAUCAUGGGACCGCCAGACAGUCCGUACCAAGGAGGUGUAUUCUUCUUAACCAUACAUUUCCCCACAGAUUACCCAUUCAAACCACCCAAAGUGGCUUUUACAACACGCAUAUAUCACCCUAACAUAAACAGUAAUGGUUCGAUUUGCCUCGACAUUUUACGAUCUCAAUGGUCACCUGCAUUAACUAUAUCGAAAGUGUUGUUAUCAAUUUGCUCUCUGCUAUGUGAUCCUAAUCCAGACGAUCCACUCGUACCAGAGAUUGCUAGAAUAUACAAAACCGAUCGGGAAAAAUACAAUGAGCUUGCGCGGGAGUGGACAAGAAAGUAUGCUAUGUGAUGCGUUCCAGAAAAUAACCUAGAAAUCAACAAAAACAACAACAACAGCAACCAGAGAACCAACAGUAACCACAACAACAGAAAGCAACACCCACUUGUAUCCGAUUUUCUCCUUGUUCUACUCCUUCUACUACUGCUCCACCCGUUGCCACAUAUUCGCAAUGAUGAUACCGAGGAUAAUGCAGAAGUGGUCAUCGCUGCCACUGAAGACGGUGAUGGAAUUUCUGAAAGCAACAGUGACAUUGUGACUCCCUCUAUUUCGAUUACAAUUAACCAGAGUUUUCGUUGUCAAUCCCCUGUUUCCUACCGUCGUUGUCGUCGUCAUCAUCGUCGUCACCGUACUCGUCCCUGUGACGGUAAACAUCCACGCACCGAUUAUUGGCUGGAUGGACGCAAGUACCGAGGAGAUGAUCAGCAGCAAAAACAAAAACAAUAUGCAAACGAUACGUUUACUAUUAUUUAUUAACAUACACACCAACAGAUCAAUGUCAUGAUAAUCAGCUGGAUAACAACAAGAACAAGAUCAUGAACCGCUACUGCAGGAAAAAGCUGAAAACAAAAGAAAAACAGUAAAUAAAUCUAUUGAUUACUCGUAAAAAAAACAAUAA